AUUUUCUUUUUUUUUUUUCUUUAUCUCAAUAUUUAGUAGAUCAGUUAGAAAACCCUUCUUUAUCUAUUGACUAUUGUUUGAGGAAGCGAAUAUGUCUACACCCACCAGAAGAAGACUCAUGCGUGAUUUCAAGAGAUUGCAAAGUGAUCCACCAGCUGGUGUAUCAGGUGCACCUUGUCCUGACAAUAUUAUGAUGUGGAAUGCGGUCAUCUUCGGUCCAGCUGAUACCCCUUUCGAAGACGGUACUUUUAAGCUUGUUUUACAGUUCGAUGAAACUUACCCAAACAAACCACCACAAGUCAAAUUUGUAUCUAAGAUGUUUCAUCCGAAUGUCUAUGCCAAUGGUGAACUCUGCCUUGAUAUUUUACAAAAUAGAUGGAGCCCAACUUAUGAUGUCGCAGCUAUACUUACCAGUAUUCAAUCACUCUUCAAUGACCCUAAUCCUAACUCACCUGCAAAUGCUGAAGCAGCCAAUCUGUAUCGUGAGAACAGAAAAGAAUAUGUUCGUAGAGUAAGAGAGACUGUUGAGGAAUCAUGGGAGUAAUUGAUACCAUCAUAUUUUUGUUCAACAAGCUUUUCCAUACAACAAAAAAUCUAGCUUCUCAAUUUUUAAAACUUUUCAAGUAAGCGCAUGUAAAGGAUAAGUCAACAACAGUGACCUACUUUAUCCGAAUUAUACACAAACAGCACAUAUUCUUUGAAAAAAACUUAUAUGUAUACACGAAGGUUUUUUUCUUCCUCUCACAUAUGUACACCACACAACUACAUUCAGAUAUUUCAAUUAUUGAACUACCAUCGUCCCCUUCCCUUCUAUCAUGUUCAUAAUAUUCAAGUAUUCAUAAUCAGUGUUCGAAUAAAGUUCCUGCUACUAAGAAUUA